AUGCUCCACCUCCCCGGCGCGGCGGGCGAGACGGGCCGGUGGUGCGCCCUCGGCGGACUGGAGAGGCCUCGGGAUCCCACCUCGGCCGGCGAGCAGCGCCGGCCUUCACCUUCAUUGCGCCACGGCGGCUUUCUUCUUUUCAACUUUCCCUUACGGUACUUGUUGACUAUCGGUCUCGUGCCGGUAUUUAGCCUUAGAUGGAGUUUACCACCCGCUUUGGGCUGCAUUCCCAAGCAACCCGACUCCGGGAAGACCCGGGCCCGGCGCGCCGGGGGCCGCUACCGGCCUCACACCGUCCACGGGCUGGGCCUCGAUCAGAAGGACUUGGGCCCCCCACGAGCGGCGCCGGGGAGUGGGUCUUCCCCCCCGCGAGCAACCGCCGCACGGCCGCGGGGCCGGGCGACGGACGGCGCGGCGCGCCCGUCCUCCCUGGGCGACAACACCCCGUCGACCCCCGACCCACCGCGGGCUCGGGGCACGCAGCGCGGCGUGGCCGCAACCCGGGGGAAAGCGCGCAGCGGCGGGCGGCGCCGCGGCGUCCCGCGGGCCGCCGCCGGGGCACGCGUCCCCGGGGCGCGGCCCCGCGCGCGACUCGGCCUCGGCGCGAGCCGCCCCGACAGGGCGAAGGCGCCACGGGGGCCCGCCGCCGCGCCGCGCGUCCCGAGUCGCGCCGAGGGCACCGUGCGGGCGCGGCGACCGGGAAGGACCGGCGCCGAGGACGAAGGCGGCGGCGGCGGCGCGCGCGCCCCUCCGCAAGCCCUCGACCCGCCGUCCGCGGGGAAGAUAGUCAAGUUCGACCGUCUUCUCAGCGCUCCGCCAGGGCCGUGGGCCGACCCCGGCGGGGCCGAUCCGAGGGCCUCACUAAACCAUCCAAUCGGAGGGGCGCGGCACAAGGUCUCCCGGUGGGCCGGACGUGCCGAGCACGGAGGGGCACACGCGGCGGCGGCGGGCGGCAGCGGCGGCGGUAGCAACGCCCCCCACACGGAGCGCAGGGGCCCGCGGCGGGGGGAGCGGGAAGACGCUCCCCACUCGCCACGGCCCUCCCCCGCCCGCAACGGGCGAGCAAGGCGGACUGGCCAGGGCCCCGCCACCGCGGACGAGGGCACACCGGCGGCGGCGCCGAGAGGCGAGGGACCGCUCCAACACCCCCCAACACACACACCGGGCCGGCCCCGAUGGCGGCGCGCGGGCGGGGCCGGCCGGCGCCGCGCUCCCGCGGGGGCGGGGGCGAGGCGAGCCGGGCCGGAGCCCGACCCCCCCCACACACACCAACCACCAGCGGAGGCAGCGCGCGGCCGCAAGGGCCACAGCGGACGGCCGGGACCCGACCCGCGCCCGGGCACGCGCGCCGGAGCGAGGGGGGGGGGGGCGCACGGCAUAGGGCGGGAGGAACGGCCCCUCGUCGGCACACGACACCACCGCCGGGCCGGCGGCGGCAGACACGGAUGGGAGGCCACAACGGGCCUGAGAAGCACCAGCGCGCCGGGGCGCGGCACCGGGUCGGCAGGCAGACGCGGGGAGGCCGCGAGACAAAGGCUCGGCGACAAGGGGCUUGGGCGCCAGAAACCGGAGCAGCCACGGGGGAAGAGGACCGCGGGCCGCCGCGAGGGAGCACAAGAGCCCCUCAAAAGGCGCCUUCCAAGGCCCGAGGUCAGCCACCGGGGCACACGGGGUCCCACCGCCCAAGGCCUCCAGCACAAGGGCGGUCCCAUGGCACCCGAGGACAACGACCCGGCCCACGGCCGGCCCUGGCCACCUCGCGGGGCUCGGGACCCCGGCCACCCCGGCACAGUCACGACCGACCCCCAACAGGACACUCUCCCACGCGCACGACGACAUCCCUCCGUGCCCCGCUCGACUGGACCCGCGCGGCCUCUCCUCCUCACCGGGGGCCGAGGCUCCUUCGCCCAGGGACGACCCCCUCCCCAAGAGCCCCUAGAGGCCGGGGAGGGGACAACGCCCAACAGCGGCGAGGCCGUUUUUGGUCCCGAGGGAGUGGACCGAGGGCAUAGCGCGCCUUCAGCCGUCCAGGCAAGCCAGGGACAAAGUGGGGGGGGGGGGGAGGUCGGCGGCGACGGGGAGGGGAGGGUGCCCAGCGGGCGACGGCCGACCAGCGCGUGCAGAGCGGUUCGGGGUGGGGGGGAAGGGCGCACCAACGAAGGCGCGAGCCGGGCCGCCAGUCCGUCCCGGAACCACGACCCGGGGGGAAGCGCCCCCAGGCGAGAGCGGCCCGACCCGUGGCCACACGUCACCGCCGGCGGCCACUCGGCACGGGAGCGGGCAGCAGACACAGCCGCUCGCACGGCAACAGGGCAGGAGACCCACGGCCGCGGGGGAGUGGCCACGCACGCACGCACGCACUCCCUCGCACGCACACGGGAGCCCCACGUGCCAGACGUCGGCCAGGCCCGGCGGGAUCCUCCCCCGACUCGGAGGGGGGAGGCGCAGGCCGCGGCACCCUCUCGGAUCGCUAGAGAAGGCUUUCUCACCGAGGGCACAUCGCCCCCACCCAUUCGUCCCCCCGACCGAGCCCCGCGAGACGGCGUCCCACAGGCCUCCAAGGGCCUGGGGGCAGGGGUGGGUCUGCGAAGGAACCUCGUGCCUCCACCGUGGCCACGAGAGGAGCGGAGACGGGCACGGCUUGCUGGGCAAAACAGCGGCAGCCCUCGGCUGGCCAAGCGCACGGUCACUCACACGCCCCACCAAACACACCACCGACAGCGGCAGCCCGAGGGGGUCGCUGGGAACGGGAAACGACGCCACCGCUCGGCCUCAGGCACCUGA